CUCGCCCGAAAAUUAAAUAUGGCGAAUUCGCGGUUGAAAUUUAAAAAUUAAAGGUAUUUUGCAAUUUCGUGUUGUAGCUCUACGUUUUAAGAGAUAAAUGAGUACAUCUUCUGAAGUUUGGCCGAUGGCAUUAAAUGCUGCUUCAUUUGAUGGUAUUGAGGAAGGACCAUUGGAUGAUACUGAGAUUAUAAGCCUGAGGGUCCAAGACGAGUCCCAGAUACACAAUUGGAAGGAUUUUGUCAGUCCUCGUAGUUGCUUCCAUGAGGUAGAAACUACAAAUGAAAACAGGAAAAGAGAAGAUACCCUUGACCAAGUUAACAUAGGUCAGCAGAAUUUGGAGGAGCGCUUACAUAUAUUUUCCUUAAAUGAUGAGGACACAGGUGAAUUCAAGCCUUUGAAAAUCCAUGAAGAUGAUGACGAUACUCAAGAGAUUAUCCUUGGGAACCACCAGGCAAACACCCAGCCAAGUGAAACUCCUUCUCAAACAAAUACUACAUAUCGACCAUUCGUGGAAACCAAAUUUUUAUCAUCAGAAUAUGUCAUACACAAUGAUAAUGACCAAAGUGAUAACCAUAUGAAAGCCAGUAAAAGACCAACUUCAGUUCCUCUUGCACUAGAUGACCAAGUAAAGAGUAAAGCAGAUAAAUUCAUGGCCAGGCCCAGCUCAGUUCCACCACAAAAUGUAAUAAACUCGUUUUCAUCACAUCGUAUAAAGGGAAUGAAUAAACCACAUACACCUCCUAACGCGACGAAUAAGCCAUUUUACUCCACAUCAUCAGAUUCAGGUCCUAGUUAUUUAUCUGCUCCAUCAACCUCCAUUCAAGUUGCAAAUUCUGAACAAGUUACCAAUAAGCAAUCAGAGAAUGGUAAUGAUUUUGACAACGAUCGAGAAAUUUUAAGCGUUUAUACUUCAAGGCAAGCUGCUAAAAACCUUCCUGUACGGCCGCUGACCAUUGGGAACAGCUUGAAUGUAGCGUCAACGUACCGUCCUGUCAGUCCUUUUCAACCGAAUUUCCAUCAUUGUAGUGUUGCUACGUCAGUAGUUCUAUCGACUUCCCUUACUCCCUAUCAUUCCUCGACAUCUCACUAUUCCUCAGUUGCACUAUCGGGGGUGGUAACUAUUGAUAAUGAUGUCAGUAAGGAUCACGAUGUUAAGGAAGCAGAGGACAUCAGUCAUCGAGAGAGAUUACAACCGUUAGGUCGUGAUGGUUUGGAAGUAAGAAAUGGUCCUCCUUGGGGUAUAAUGAUGCCAAUGUUUCAACCUAGCUCACGUGAUUCAUCAUUAUCGUCAAAUGACAGUACUAGUGCCAGUCUAUUUAUGCCGUUACAACCACUACCGUCAAAUCAGGAAGAAAAGAACAAGUUGAGUAGUACAUCCUCAAUAAUGAUCGGCACAGAUCUUACUCCUAAAGCUUCGUUGAAAUCAAUCGAACCGAAAGAACCGAUGGCCGCACAGCUAAUAUGCGAAACAGAAAAUACGAGAACACCAUUGGGAAAGUUUCAUGAUCAACAGCACAUGAAUUUUGACAGUCCAGUGUCAAAAAUUCUCGGUUCUGCCUUCAAAGCAACUCAAAAGAUAUUGGAAGAACUGCAACAGAGACCCAUUGGUGCAUUGAUGGAUAGAUCAGAUGAACAUAUUGCUCAUGAGGAAGUGCAACAAAGAUCCAUUGGUGCAUUGAUGGAUAGAUCAGAUGAACAUAUUGCUCAUGAGGAAGUGCAACAAAGAUCCAUUGGUGCAUUGAUGGAUAGAUCAGGUGAACAUAUUGCUCAUGAGGAAGUGCAACAAAGACCCAUUGGUGCAUUGAUGGAUAGAUCAGGUGAACAUAUAAUUCAAAUGGAACUGCAACAAAAACCUGUUGGUACAUUGGUAGAUAAAUCAUCAGGUGAACGUAUAAUUCAAGAGAAAACGUCAAACCUGUUUACCACUGUGACAGAAAGUAAUGUUUCAAAAAUAAAUCACGUUAGUGUUACCUCGAUACCAAGAGUUACAGACGUUAGCAAUAAUUUUACACAGGAAAAAUUAUUUCAGGAUAUUACGUUUACGAAUGAUGGCCAGUCGUCUGCACUCAAGUCUGAAUCUGCAGAUAGAAAAAAAAUAUACCAUGAAUUCAGUCCAGCAAACGUCGAAAACAGUGAAUCACCGUUAGAGGUCGCGGGAGUUGAGAAUUUGGAUUCUGCCAUAGUCCCGUCAAUUCAUAAUGUAGAAAGAGACGUUCAGAGUCGAUCUUCGAUGCGAAAUGUUAACGCCUCCUUUUCUGACACUCAUUUUCAUAAGCAAAAUGUCCCAAUUCUAGUCUCGAGCUCCACAGCACAUAGCACUCCUGUUGACUAUGCGCAGGAAGUCCUCUCUAGAGAUGUCAUUGAAAGAAAAAUGAGCCCGUUUUACUCUAAAGGCGAUGAAAGAUUAAGAAAAGUUGAAGAGGAUGCCAGUACAACCAAGACAACAACGACACACUUUACAGUACCAAGAGUGAGGCUGCAAAAUACUCAAACUGAUCGUUUGCUUGAAGGGAACCAAUUUACCAGUGUAAUGACUGAUAGUACUUUGGAGAACAGUGUUCGUUUAUCUAGUCAUUUACCUGAAGCAUCCAAAGUUAACGCUGACAUAAAUCAUAGUCUCCGUGAAUCGAUAAAAACCUCUGAACUUGGUAGUAAAGCUAGUGAGAUGAGUGAAUUUGACCGCGUUGCUUCGGAAAGUCUUACUUGGUCAAACGCUGUCGUUAAACAAUUUCACGAAGAAAUGCGAUCAGCCGAUUAUGAUGUUAAACACAGCUUGAUUAUUCCCGAAUUUGUCAAAUCAUCUUUGAUGCAACGUACUCAGACUCCCAACUUUGAUUCAGGUUUGAGUACAUCAUCAACUAAUGAUGAUGUAUACAGACCAAAGAAACUGACACGUUUGACGUCAGAAAGUAAUGAACCAAUCGGGAUCUAUGACGUACGUCAAUCCUCCGGUCCUGGAAGUACAAAUCGUAAACGACUUGCACUCGGUAAGAAGCCGAAGGAAGUUGCGAGGCUCGUGAACAUGGGUACUAUAUAUGUAUCUGAUGGGACAACUGGCACUAGCGAGAUAGAAAACGAACGUCAUAUAAACAAAAACUAUUCUAGAGGUAUGUAUAGUUCUGGUAGUUCAAUUAGUGGGAUUGACAAUGGUAAUAAUUGGAUUGAGAGCGGUCCUGAUGGACAGUCUACUCCUAAGUCCGACGAUUACAGUAUGGGGCAGUUUUCAUUUGCCAAGAAUGAUAACAAUAAACCAGAUGCGUACCUUGAUAGCUGUACUACGUAUGAUGUUGAGAAGCCUUAUCAACAAGUCUCCCGUGCGUUUGUUGACCUUGAAAAAAAGAUAACGGACAAACCGGAUUCAUGUUCAUUGUAUAGUGAUAAGCCUCUAACAGUGACGACAGGUGAUUUCACCAUUAAUGUAACAAAUACUUCAAAUGUUUUUUCAAAUGUGAACAUAACAACUAAGAGUUUGGCCACCAAAGUAACACAGACGUGGAGUACAUUCAAACCUGUUAUGUCUCAACUGCCAGUGAAAUCUGCUCAGUCCGAGAGAUAUUUUUAUUCCAAUGGAAAUGAACAUGAAACUGUAGAAAAUAAUUUAUUGCCAAGGAAUAAGAUUUCUGUACCUUUUGCUGAACCAAAGAUGGUUACAAACCAGGCGGAGCAACGAUUAAAGCGUUCAAAACACACGAAAGACCGGGCGUCACAAACCACAUCAAAGCAGUUGAGCUCAAGGACAAUUGAUCGUGAACGAAAGAAAUCGGUUGCUGAUAUGAUUUUAGAAAAUAUGAUGGAGGACGAACGAGAACAAAAGCAACGCUAUGAAAAACUUGAGACGAAACAAAAGCAAACGAAUCGUGACUUGAAUCAAUUAUGGGAACGUUUUCAACACGUGUUUGGCCGUAAAUCUUCCAAGAAGUUACGACGAAGUCACACACAACCUUUAGAUGGGCAACUUGACUCACGUAUGUCUACGCCAAGUGCUCCAUCGUCAGUAUUAUCUUCUUCAUCUAAGAUUUCAAGUCGUCAUCAAAGUGAUGCAACGAUUUUCAGCGCAGAUAGUGAUGUUGAAUUACAGCGAUUUCUACUUCGUGUGCGGGAAUUUCAAACUACAGACUCAAGUGAUUAUGAUGAAAACAAUAGUUUGAUUUCACGAACCUCGUCUAGUGAACAAAGUUUGUGCCCUAAUCAAUCUUCUUCGCAUGCCAUCUCGUCCCAACCUCCCCUUCGCGAAAAUCGCCCACGUAUUUCAGAUAGUUCAACCAGCAUGACGUCACUGGCAGAAAAACCCAUGAGAGGCACGCUCGGUAAUAGAAAGCGUCACCUUCCACGUAAUCCAGCUGCUGUAUUGGGUUCAGAGGCUGUAAAAAAACAUGACAUUCCAAUUUCUCUUCCAAUGCGGCUGAAUGUCAGAAAUAAAGAGAUAAUGAAUAACAAGACUGCUUCCUCUUGCAGUUGUGGCGCCAAAUCAUCUAAGAAGAAGGAGAAAGCGUCCCGUAUACGUCAUAUUGGUGUGAACUGUCCUACACCACCUUUAGUUGAUGAGCAAGUGUCAUGGCAACCAAUAUCCAGCGAUAUUUUUCUACUUAAAGCUGAACCUACACCAGAUACAAACAUCGUUGCACCGUUGUCUUUGGUCAGUUUAUCAUUACAGGAUGCAUUCAUGUACAGAAAACAAGAGUUCAUUGACAGGUCUCAAGAACGCCUGAAGAAGAUGAAAGAAAAACAAGAACAAAGAAAAUUAGAGAAACAGAAGUCGGACAAUGCUCUUCGAGUUGUUGUCGUUUCACCAAAAGGACACUCGGUGAAAAAGAACAAAGAGAGCAAUAGGAAAGAAAUGCCCAAUGCCAAACAAGAAAACUCAAAUCAACUUCAAAUGAAGAAACCAAGACCAAUGACGAGCAAAGAAAUUCGCAUUGUAAAUAACAGGUUUUACCGAAAUCUUCCUGAAGUGAAGAAAAAACGAGAUGAGGAACGAAAGGCUGCAUUUUUACAAACUAAUCGGUUGAAGGCGAAGCUCUAUGGCAAGCGUGUGCGAAAUGCGAAUCGGAUAUACACUGCUGCUUAAUCAAUUGACAUUUUUUCCGGAGUUAAAACGUAAGUUAUUCUUCUUCGUGUAUCUAGACUUUCAUUUCCUUUGUAUGUAGCCUCUUUAAUUUAGAUUAAUCAGUAUUGUUUGCUUUA